CAGUUCCUCCUUCCCAGACAGUGCUCCGUUAGGCCGGGUGGAGGAGGUGCCUCUGUGUUUCAUAACCAGCCGGUGGUGGUGCGUCUCCCUCCUUCAAAAUGGCAACUAUCAGGACUCUCAGGAAGCUGUGCCAGCACGUCCAGCACCAAGUCUGCAGCCUGCACACAUCCACCUCCAGGGCAGAGGCGGUGGUCAUCUCAGGGAGGAAGCUGGCACGUCAGAUCCGGGAAGAGACCCGGGCCGAUGUGGAGCAGUGGGUCUUAGCCGGAAACAGGAGGCCCCACCUGAGCGUCAUUCUAGUCGGAGACAACCCAGCCAGUCACUCCUACGUUCUCAACAAGACUCGGGCUGCAGCCGAUGUCGGAAUUUCAAGUGAGACAAUUCUCAAACACUCAGAGAUCAGCGAGGAGGAGUUACUGGACUUAAUCUAUAAACUCAACACAGACCCUCAAGUAGACGGCCUGCUAGUCCAGCUACCUCUGCCUGAGCACAUUGACGAGCGCGCGGUCUGCAACGCGGUGGCUCCAAACAAAGAUGUAGACGGCUUCCAUGUUGUAAACGUUGGCCGCAUGUGCCUGGAUCAGUCCACCAUGCUUCCCGCAACGCCCUGGGGAGUCUGGGAAAUUAUCAAACGCACAGGUAUUCCUACCUUUGGGAAGAAUGUUGUUGUUGCUGGACGCUCCAAGAACGUCGGUAUGCCCAUUGCCAUGUUACUGCACACAGACGGCCGUCAUGAGAGGCCUGGGGGUGAUGCAACAGUCACUAUUUCACACCGUUACACUCCAAAGGAACAGCUUUGCCAGCACACCAGAUUAGCAGACAUUGUUGUGGCUGCUGCAGGGAUUCCCAACCUGAUCACAGCUGACAUGAUCAAAGAGGGAGCUGCUGUGAUCGAUGUCGGAAUAAACAGAGUCCAUGACCCUGUCACUGGGAAGAGCAGACUGGUUGGAGAUGUGGAUUUUGAAGGUGUAAAAAAGAAGGCUGGAUUCAUCACCCCGGUUCCCGGAGGAGUCGGGCCGAUGACUGUUGCCAUGCUCAUGAAGAACACUGUCAAAGCUGCCAAAAGUGUCCUGCAGCUCCAUCAGGAGAGGGUCUGUGUGGCUGUUGCAUCCUAAAAGGGCCUCACAGCAAAACCGAGCAACAGCAACAUUCCUUCCAGCAACACCCGCUUGUUUUCUUAUUUGGAGCAGCGCAGUGAGCUCCACUUUGCACACAGAGUGGAAAGAUGAUCACUUGGAGGCUCUUCCUCCUGAGCAUCAAGUUCGGCCGUUUUUAGCCUGUUACACUAACUCAUGCAGAGGCAUGUGCUUUGUAACAGUAUUUAUCAUUUGCAAUGUACGUCUUUGGUGGUUUUAAAGAGAGAUUGUUUCUAUUUAUUGCUACAGAGACAAUAUUUUACACAUAAAUGCAGACUUGUGGCAGUCUAUGACUCUUGGCAGGAGUGUGUUAAGGGCUAUAAGGAGCAAGAUUGUUUUUUGAAAUACAAGCUUUAAAGAUCCACUAAUGCCUUGCAAAAAAACUAUGAAAUAAAUAUUGCAAUUUUCUUGCA